AUGGCUGUUAACUUCCUUUUGUUUGUGUUCUUUUUAGCUAGUCAGUUUAUUGCUGGAUUUACCACUGAGCUACCACCUUCUGAAUAUGGAAAUGUAGUCACCAUUCUGAGUAUUGAUGGUGGUGGUAUUAAAGGAAUUAUUCCAGCAGUAAUUCUUAACCAUUUGGAAAAGGCUCUUCAGGUUAAGGAUAAAGAAGCAUCACUUGCAAAAUAUUUUGAUGUGAUAGCAGGGACGAGUACCGGAGGGCUUGUGACUGGUAUGCUCACUGCUCCUCAUCCAGAAGACCCUACUCGUCCUCUAUUCACUGCUGAAGAAAUUAUCAAAUUCUACAUCGAAUCCGGUCCUUCAAUAUUCAACGAAACUAGUGGUUGGAGUCUUAUCUACCGUGGUCCAAAGUAUGAUGGCAAGUUCCUACAUAGUUUAGCAAGUGAGUUAUUGAAAGAUACAAAACUGAGUCAAACAUUAACCAAUGUUGUUAUCCCAACAUUUGACAUCAAGAAGUUUCAUCCUGUUAUCUUCUCAAAAUUCAAGGUGAACACAGUUCCAAGCUUAGAUGCAAAAUUGUCAGAUAUAUGCAUUGGAACUUCAGCUGCACCAUUGGCACUGCCACCCCAUUACUUUGAAAAUGAUGGUGAUGAAUUCAAUUUGGUUGAUGGAGGUGCUGCUGCAACUAAUCCGGCUAUGUCUGCUGUGAGUGAAGUAAUGAAACAGAAAGGAGGGAGGCCUACAAAAAUAUUGUUGUUGUCUCUAGGAUGUGGAACUAGAGAGUCUACAAGUAUUAAUGCUAAGGAUGCAAUGAAUUUUUCAGUAUUAGAUUGGGGAUUACAUGGUCAGCCACUUGGUGCUUAUGAUUCUGCUUCUAAAGAUAUGAGUGAAUAUUACCUUGCCAAUGCCUUCCCAAACCUCCAAUCUUCUCACAACUACCUCAGAAUUCAGGAAUAUAACAUGGACCCAUCCAAUGAUGCCAUUGAUAAUGCUACAAUAGCUAACAUGGAAAAACUUGUAAAGGUAGGAGAGAGCCUUCUGAACCAACAAGUUUUGAAAAUGAAUGUGGAUACCUAUAAGCCAGAAGAAAAAGCAAACCAAGGUACAAAUUCUGAGGCUCUUGAUAAGUUGGCUGAGACUUUAUACAAAGUGAAGCAGUUUCGUCAGAAGAAGAAUAUGAUGGAGAAGUUUAUGGGACGACCACUUCUUAAAACUAUCCCAAACCCUUUUGCUACUACAAGUUAG